CCCAUAUAUAGAGGAGAUAAUAGAGAACACAGAAAAUUUGUAUGUGGUUUAUUAAAUGAAUUUUAAAGUAAAGCAUACAGAUAUGCGAAAUCUUUUGAUGGCACUAAUGGCCAGCUAGAAUACCCUUCUUCGGUUGAAUCAGUCAUCUUUAGUAAAACAAAUAACUUUUCGGAAUAUAUUUCGUUUAUUUAUGUAAUCGACACAAUCGCUUGUGUACUUAUCUGUUAUUAUUAUUACAAAAUGUCAGUUGUAAAAUCCUCCAGAACACCCAUAUCUUCUCUAAUAUCUUCUUUACAUUUGAUUACAAGAGAAAUGUAGUUUAAAAAAGCACGCGCUCUAUUUAGUUUUUGAUGUUAAUGUUAUUCUGGUGAAGUAAAAUUACUUUCCGGUGUUCUCUAAUUUCUUCUCUAUAUAUGGGGCUCAAUUGUCGGGGGGCUCAACUGUCGGGGCUCAAUUGUCGGGGGCUCAACAGUCGGUGUACCAUAUUCAAUCAGUGUUUACAAAGAAAUAUAAGAAUUAUUGGAUUUUCUACUGGUAAGAAAAUAACUGAGUAUUUUUAAUUCAAAUUGUAUCAAAGAGUUAUUAUUUUUUUUAUAGAUGCUGAUGCUAAAUAUGUACGUGCUAUGCGAUUAAUGAGUAGAUUUUUUGCAUCUCUUCCUAAUUUUCCAGUUCAUCAACAUCAACAAGCUUUUACAGUAAAAUUAAAAUCACGUUUGCCUUGGUUUUUUUUACGUGAACAACAACUAUUAUUAUUUUUUCAAGAUGCGACACAUCUGACUACGAAAUGGCGUAAUCGUUUAUUGUCAUCAACAGCUGAAUUACGUCUUGGUGAUCAAUCAAUAUCGAUCAAUCAUUUAUAUAGCAUUCUUGAUAAUGGAAAUUUUACUAAACUUGAUCAUGGCUUGACGAAAUCUGAUAUAAGUCCUAAAGAUCGUCAGAGUUUUAGUUCCUGUGUAAAAUUAAUAUCUGUUGAUUUAUUUAAAAUCUUAAAAGACAAUGUUGAUACUCAGGAAACCUUGGUUUAUCUACAAAUAUUAAAAAUGAUUAUAAUAGCUUAUAUUGAUAAAAAGCAACAAUUGUUGCGCGUGAGUACGCUUUUUUUUAUGUUGCCUGAGUGA